AUGAAAUUGACGGCUCAUCUUGUUGCAGCACUCUUAUUUAUUAUACUAAUAAUCACCGUAAAUUCGUAUUUGAUACCUGAUGAACAAAUUAACCGUAAUAAAAGUGAGGUAACAGAUUUGAAGAAAAAUUAUGAAUUGUUCGCUAGAACACGAAGAACAGUUGUUGUAUUAGAUAAAACUAAGCUUUGGAAAGAUGGUAUUAUUCCUUAUCAUUUCGAUGACGUGAUUACUGGACAACAACGAAGAUUUAUUAAAAAAGCGAUGAGAGAGUGGGAAAAAUCAACAUGUAUUCAGUUUGUCGAAAGAAAUGAAAAAAUCCAUCCUUCAAAUUAUUUAAAUUUUACGAAGCUGGCAUUGUGCGAAUGCUGUUAUGUAGAACAAGAAUUAUUUUAUACAGGACAUCAGAUAAGUUUAGGUGAUCGUUGUUUUGUACAGCACAUUGUUGUUCAUGAAUUGGGGCAUGCGAUUGGUUUUCAUCAUGAACACAAUCAUCCAGAUCGUGAUAAAUAUAUUCAAAUAAAUUAUCCUAAUAUUCCUAAAGAUGACUUCGGGGACUUUAAAAAGUAUACACAUGACCAAGUUGACACAUUAAGGUUGCCAUACGAUUAUGAAUCUGUAAUGCACUACCAUUCAACUAUACUUACCGAUGGAAAAUUACCGCCUACAAUAACACGAAUACCAGAAAGUCAGAAUGGUCCUUCAGAUUUGAUAGAAGAAAAAAGUAAACCAAGCAAUGGUGAUAUAGCAGCUACGAAUCUUCUAUACCAAUGCUCUAAAUGUGGAAAAACAUUAUAUGAACCUCGUGGUACAUUUGAACAACCAAUUAAUAACAAUAACGUUACACUAAAUGAUGUCGAAAGGUGUGAAUGGAGAAUUAGAGCAGCUGAAGGUGAAAGCAUAAAACUCAAAAUCAUAUCAUUGAAGAUUUUUCCGACUUACAAUUGUUUAUUCGAUUAUCUGGAAAUUCGUAACGGAAAUUCGCCAAAUAGUCCUAUUUUGGGUCGUUACUGCGGAAAUAUCGUGGAUGUCACGAUUAUGAUUGAUAAUUUUUUACUAAUUACUUAUGUAAAAAUGAGUAAUCAAAAUAUUACCAGUACUUUCAAAGUCGAAUACGAAAUUAUUUGUCAUAAGACUAUUGAUAUCAGAAAUGAUACUUCUUAUAAUUUAGAAUCACCGAACUAUCCUGAAUGCUAUAAGCCUUAUAUGGAAUGCUAUUGGCAUUUCAUUGCCCCUGAAAAUCAUCAGGUAGUAAUAGAAUUCGAUUUUUUUGAAAUUGAAUAUAGUGAAAACUGUGAGAAUGAUUAUGUUAAAAUUAGAGACAAUAUUGGUUAUCGGACACCUAUAAUUGGAUUUUAUUGUGGUAUAAGGAAUACUUGGAAAGUUAAUUCAACAGAAAACAAAAUGUAUAUGGUAUUUUAUAGCAAUGGUCUGAUAGAAAAAGGUGGUUUCUCAGCUAAAUUGACUGCGAGACCAAUCAUUGAUUAA